AUGGAAUCAACUCCACUUACUCCAUUUAUAACCUUGAAAGUGGCUAUUAUCGGCUGUGGUAUUGGUGGUCUAUCGGCUGCUAUUGCUCUACGCAGACAUGGCCACGAAGUCACUGUCUAUGAACGGGCUCAUUUUGCUAGUGAAGUCGGUGCAUCAAUUUCUGUUGCCGCAAAUGGAACCAAAUUUCUAGAAGAGUGGGGUGUCGACACUGUUGCUGGAAGAUCUGUCAUUCUACAAAAACUAAUUAUGCGCAACUGGAAAGAUGGUACAAUCAAGGACGUUUAUGAUUUGAGUGAUUAUAAAGAAAAGUGGGGUUAUGUAUACAAUAUGUUUCAUCGAAUUGAUCUUCAUGAACAACUACAGAUAAAAGCCAAGGCUUUAGGAGUAAUGAUUGUUGUAGAUCAUAAAGCAAUUGAUGUUGAUUGUUUUAAUCGUACUAUAACAUUCGAUACAGGUAGUACAAUAUCUGUCGAUUUGAUUAUUGGUGCUGAUGGCGUUCGCUCAACAGUACGUAGUUUGAUUGGUAUUGUAGCAAAAACGACACCAUCAACAAGUGCUUGUUACCGUUGUAUUAUUCCCACAUCACGUGUAGAGCAGCUUGGCUUGAAGAAUUUUGCACCGAACAAUGCAAUUGAAUUUUGGGGUGGAUUCGAUAUCAACAAGAUUGUUUUGGCCCCUUGUUGUGCAGGUGAGAUUGUGUCAUUCUAUUGUUUUUAUCCAGCUUCUCAUAAUCAGCAAAGUGAAGAGGGUUGGAAUUUUAAUGCCACAUCAUCUAUGCUACUUGAGCGUUUUCCUGAUCUUGAUCCAGAUUUAUUGAAAAUUUUCAAGCAUUGUGAAGAUAUCAAGUUGUGGAAGUUGGUUAUUCAUGAACCAUAUCCAUACUGGGCGAAGGGCUGUGUAGCAUUGCUUGGGGAUGCUGCACAUCCAAUGCUACCUGAUCAAAGUCAGGGGGCAUGUAUGGCAAUUGAAGAUGCGGCUGCACUGGGUAUUAUAUUUUCGUCUAAAUAUUGGGGCAAUAAAAUACACACGAUCGAGCAUGCUUUAAAGAUGUAUGAAAUGCUAAGAAAAACGAGAGCAACACGAGUUCAAGAGGCCAGUGCGCGUGCACGAGAGAACCUUAAUGAAAGAAUUGGCUGGAGUUCACAAAGAAAUCAUGGCAACCAACAGAAUGCAGUAACAAAAUUAACCAUUGAUGAAAUCAACGCUUAUGACAUGGAGAAACAUCUAGACGACCUUCUUAAGUAG